AUGGCCGGCUCCACCAAGGUGCUGGCAGCCGUCCUGCUCGUCGACCUCGUCGCCUUCGGCCUCGCCAUCGGCGCCGUGCAGAGCCGGCCCUCGGCGAGGCUGGAGACGGACGCGCGGCAGGAGUGGACCUACUGCGUGUACCGCACCGACGCCGCCACGGCGCUGGGUGGCACCGCGCUCGCGCUGCUGCUCGUGGGACAGGCGGUGGCCGCCAUCGCCAGCCGCUGCUUCUGCUGCGGGUCCGCGCUGCGGCCCGGCGGCGCCCGGGCCUGCGCACUCGUCCUCUUCCUCUCCUCCUGGGUGACAUUUGUCAUCGCUGAGGCGUGCCUGCUGGCUGGUCUGUUGCAAUCCGCCUACCACACUGGCUACCGGACGGUGUUUUUCCAGAACCCGCCGGACUGCGAGACGGUGAGGAGGGGCACGUUUGGAGCCGGCGCUGCGUUUGCCCUUUUCACCUGCGUGCUCACCUCGGCCUACUACUACUACUUCUCCAAGGCGCGGAUCCACUACCACCGCCCGGAAGUCGCCAUCGGCAUGAGCCCGUUGUAA